AGUUGGACAGACUUUACCCUCCAGGGAGCAUCAGGUGCACAGGUGACAGAAGGUGCCGGCCCAGGAGUGUUCCCAAGCUGUUUGUGCACCUAAAGAGGCUCAAGAACGGUCUUCCCCUGGAGACUGAGGCUCCGGAGUCUGGAAGUAAGCAGCUGGAGUGCCUGUUGCCAUCGUUAAAGUCUUAUUCGUCCUCCAGUCACCCCUUGAAGCUUUAAAGAAGGGGUAGAGGGUGGGAAAGGAAACCGAUAAAAGGCAAGUGAAAGAAAGGAGGAGGGGCAGGCUCUGACCCUGUCAGCACUGUGCUCUCUUCCUGCCUAGCCUGGGCUGAUCUCCAAGGAGCCCCAUGGCCAACUACGAAUUUAGCCAGGUGUCUGAGGACAGACCCUGCUGCCAUCUCUCCAGGAAAGCCCAGGUCUGUCUCGGAGUGGGUCUCGUGGUCCUGAUUGCCUCGGUAGUGACGGUGGUCAUAGUUUUGUGGCCGCGGGCACCCAUGGUGUGGAAAGGCAAGCCUACCCCGAAGCACUUUUCUGAGCUCUUCCUGGGACGCUGUCUCGUUUACACUCAAAUCCUCCGGCCUGAGAUGAGCAAUUAUGACUGCAAGAAGAUACUGAGUACAUUCAAAAGAGCAUUUGUUUCCAAGAAUCCAUGCAACAUCACAGGAGAAGACUAUGAGCCACUAAUUAAGUUGGUCACUCAGACCGUACCAUGUGACAAGACUCUCUUUUGGAGCAAAUCCAAACACCUGGCUCAUCAGUAUACCUCGGUCCAGGGGAAGAUGUUCACCCUGGAGGACACGCUGCUGGGCUACAUUGCGGAUGAUCUCAGUUGGUGUGGAGACCCCAGCACUUCUGACCUGAACUAUAACUCUUGCCCACACUGGAGUGAAAACUGUCCCAACAAUCCUGUCACGGUGUUCUGGAAAGAGAUUUCCCAAAAGUUUGCAGAAACUGCCUGUGGUGUGGUCCAAGUGAUGCUCAAUGGGUCUCUCAGUGAACCAUUUUACAAAAACAGUACCUUUGGAAGUGUGGAAGUCCUUAAUCUGGACCCAAGUAAGGUUCAUAAACUCCAGGCCUGGGUGAUGCAUAACAUCGAAGCAGGUUCCAGUAACUCAUGCUCAGGAUCCUCCAUAAAGGAACUUAAGCUGAUUGUGCAAAAAAGGAAUAUUGCAUUUUCCUGCCAGGAUAACUACAGGCCUGUCAGGUUUGUUCAGUGUGUGAAGAACCCUGAGCAUCCGUCAUGCCGUUUUGGCAUGUUGUUUGGAUCCUAGACCCCCUGUUGCUGGUCAAGAUGAGAGUCUCUCGGAAACUACACUGGUACACAGCCGGAGCUAUCAGAGAGCGUGCUCUAGUAUAAUGACAGCACUCGAGAUGGAAGGACUUCCCAACAAAGUUGGGCAGCAUUACAUGAUCGGUUUAGUUCUUACUGUAUACUACUCAAGAAAAAAACUACUCCAUGAAACAGAGCUAAACUUGUAUAUUGUUAUUUCACUUUAACUUUCUCAUGUGGUGCUGUAUUUUGUUCAUAUAUUGUUAACUCACUUUUUUUUCUCUCUCUUUUAAUGAAGCCAAGAAACAAACCCGAGAACGGUAGUUAAGCCUGUAUACCAUUGAGUUCCAUCUUCGGCACAGCUGGUAACAUCAUUUUUAUUGAACAAUUGACAAUCCACGGGGGAGUAGGAGGAGUGGGUGGGAGGACUGUGGAAUGAGAAUAAAUAAUAAAUAAAUAGGCAAUCAAACCUCCCCUGUCAAAAUGGACAAAGAAAACGAAAUGUCAAGCUUUUCAAAUGAAUGGCCUUAUUUUUUUCAAUGUUUCUGAAUUUUUCCUACAAAUAUUGAAAUGGUAAACCUGAGGUCGUGGGUUAUUACGGGGAAGGUGUUCUGUGGGAACUUGAACAUGCUUGCUGUUUUAAUUUUUCACCCUUCCAACAUGUGCCAAUAAAUUUGACUAUUGUUUUCCUUUUUUUUUAAAAAAAAAAAAUGAGAUAAUGGAGCUUAGAGAGGUUAUAAAUUUUCCUAAAGUCACAUUCUGGGGAUCAUGAUUAGAGCUGGUACUGACUCCGGUUUUUCAAAGUUCACAACAUAUAAUAUUUCUUCUUUUCUAGGCCUUUACCACCAAAUUAAUAGUAGCCUGUAUUAUUGUCCAGAGAAUGUUGUUGUACUAAAUUGAAUGUAAUAGAAUCUGAAAUGUGAUUGUUUUGUUUUGUUUCUUGGGACAGAGUUUCUCUGUGAAACAGUCAUGGCUGUCCUGAAACUCAUUCUGAAGACCAGGUUGGCAUUGAACUCAAAGAGAUCUGUUUGCCUCUGUCUCUCGAGUGCAGAGAUAGAUUAAAGGCAUAUGCCACCACUGCUCAACCUGAAAUGUGAAUUUUAUGGACACUUUCAAAACUAAUUCAUUGCAUCCUAUUUCCUUUCAUGCUCAUACUUGGUGCUCUUUAUAGGUAGUAAAAUAUUUUUGUUGAAAUAUUGAGUUAGUGAGCCUGACGGUGGUAGCACAUACUUGUAAUCCCAGCACUUGGAAGACAGAGGCAGGAAGAUCUCUGAGUUGCAGGUCUACUGGUCUACAAAGUGAGUUCUAGAACAGCCAGGACUGUUACACACAGAAACCCUGUCUCAAAACAACAAAACAAAACAAAACAGAAAAGCAAAAACAAACAAAAAUCCCAAAAAACAAAACAAAAAUAUUGAGUUAAAUGUGAGUUAAACUACAUUUGUUGCUGAUAUUGGCAACUUGUUUUCUAUCUUUUGUUCCCUUAGAUCAGCCUUGCUUUGGGAUUACCAAUUGUUGCUGCUGUUUUCAAACCUACAAUCUUUAGCUUUCUUUCUUUAUUUUAUCUGAUUGUGCUUUUUUUUCUCUAUUUUUAGAAAUAUAAAAAUGUCUUAUUUCUUCUAGCUUCCUUGGAUAUCUUUGUUCAGCUGUUUUGAGACAGAUGCUUAGAUCAUUGAUAUCACAGCCUGUUUUCUUGUCUUAAACAUGUAUUUUAGAGCUGGGGGUUUUCCUCUGAGUCCUGCUUCUGCUGCAGCACUGAAGGUCUGUACUCCUGGACUGGUUACCAUUCAGUUUAAAAUCGUUUCUGGUUCCACUGUUAUUAAGAAAAGCAUUAUUUACUUCUCAACAUUCAGAGAAUAUUUUUAGUUUGUCUUUAAAAAUAAGUGUAUUUUGUAGAUAUUAAUAAAACUAAA